AUGGCGAAGGAAUGCGCAUCCCUGAAGCUUCAUAGGAGCAGCGUGACGUGCUGUGCGUUCUCCCCGCAAGAUGACGUGCUGUGCUCGGGCUCUCUCGACUUGACCCUCAUGCUGUGGCGGCUCAGCGACGGCUGGUCUCAUCGGCUCCGGGGGCACUCGGGCUGGGUGACGUGCUGCAGCUUCAACCGUCAGGGUUCUUUGCUGGCUAGCGGCUCAGCCGAUGAGACUCUGCGACUGUGGGACGUAGAGAAGAUGCUGCGAGAGGAGGCGGAGGAGAGCGACGGCGAGCACAGCCUCCUCCUCAAAGGCUACGGGGGUUCCAUCCGCUGCUGCAGCUUCAACUCCUCGGGUCGAGUGCUGUGCAGCGGCUCGACGGACGAGACGGUGAGGAUCUGGCGAGUGAAGGACGGCAAGUGCGUCAAGGUGCUGCGAGAGCACGCGGGGUGGGUCCUGUGCUGCUGUUUCUCCCCCUCCUCUGCUUCGCUCCUCGUCUCUGGUGCUGCUGAUGGAGGCGUCUGCAUCUGGGACAUCAAAAUCCCCGAGCCCUGCCUGAAGCAUAUCAAGAGCAAGAAGUCCAUGCGCUCUCUCCGGAGCUCGGAGGUGACCUGCUGUGCCUUCCACCCGGACGGGAAAGUUUUCUGUGUGGGCGGGGAGGACAAGCAGCUGAGGCUCCUGCGCGUCGAGGACGGGGAAGUCGUCGAGCUGCUUCGGUGCCAGCAGAGCGUCACAGGAUGCGCGUUCCAGCCAGGUGCAAAGAGGAGGGAGGAGGAGGAAGAGGAGGCAGGAGGCAGGCGUGACUGUGCCUAG